CAAUUUUGUUAGUUGGGCACCUCAUCAGCUGUCAAACCCGCAAGCAUUGCAAUUUGACAUGUUUUGGGUGUUUCGAUAUCAUCCGCUAUCAUCCGGUUAAGUUUAGUUUUAGACAGUUUUAUAACUUAUUUCUUGGUGCAAGAUUAGAAUAAGCAAUAUGAUUACCUUACGACGUUUCGGUCGAAGUUUCGGGUACUGCCUAACCGCUCGCAGCUACAGCACACCGACGAGUGCAGCCACGGCGAAGAUAAUUGUGCCGGAGGGAAACGGCGACCGCAACAAAGUGCAGCCAAACCUCACCCGUACCACAGCCGCCGGUGUCAGUGGUGCGACAGCAGGUUCCAAAAAUCCCAUCGUGGCAGCCGCGUUCGCUUCUCUGCGCAAUGAGGAAUCCGGGCGGGAAGACAGUAACACCAGAGGUGCAUCCGGCGACUCAAAACAAGACCUGCAAGUUGAUGAGAUGAUCCUAAAGGCGAACACGGUAGCAGAGCUAUUAGCCGUGGCGGAUGUGACAAAGGUUAACCGAAAGCAGGCAUUGAAAAUUGUUUCCAUUCUGGCGGAAUGGAGCUCGAUAAAGAAGGUUAAGCUGUCGGACUUUGAGAGUGAUUCCCGAUUCGUGGAGCUGUGCGGCCUACUUGGCCGUACCGGUUCCCAGCGUAUGGCUAGCAGCAACCGGGCAGCUGCUUCGAAAGCGACCGAGCUGCAGGGUGACGAUUUGCAAACCGUGCUCGGUAUUACCGCCAACGAUGAAGCGGCUAAACUCAUUGCCGGUCUCACACUGCCGCAAAUGAUUAAAGUCAUGUCCUCGCUAUCGAUCAAGAAGAAGCGCAGCAUUCCGCUGCUUCGUUCGCUGUCCUUCAACAUUGCCAGCAAUCCGGGCCACUUGAAUCUGAAGGAGUGUGGCGAUCUGCUGUAUGCGAUGGCAUGCCUGAACUAUCGGGACGUCGUCCUGACCGGUCGUAUCUGUGCCGAACUGGACCGAGAGCUGACAAAGAACACGGACAGAAUAGCACCGAUCGUGUCGGUGCUGACCAGCCUCGGUAUGCUGCGAUAUCGCGAUGGGACGGUGCUGGACAAUCUGUGCGGUUGGAUCGCAUCGCACCACGAGCUGUGCAAACCGAGCCAGCUGGGUUCGAUGUUGCUUUCGCUGGCCACGCUUAACUACGAACCGAUCAGUAUGGACACGAUCAAGGCGAAGCUGAUCGCAAACGUAUCCGAGAACGACUUUAUUCGAUCGAGCGAUUGGUUAAAUACGGUGUGGUCGUUGACGGUGUUGAACUGCGUGAACGGUGAUCAACUAUCGUCCGUGCUGAAUGGAGAGUUUUUCGAAAAGCUACAAGACGCGCGACGCGGCAACCUGCAACCCUCGAUGAAGAUGAAGCUACUUAAUAUGGCUGCUGUUGCGAAACGGGUGCCCGGUGCAAAAGAAUCGCUGCUGGCCACACACAGGACGGAGCUUUUCGUUCCGUUCGAACCGUCCAAGGAAAAGCGAGUGCUUGUGACGGGCAUGCUGGAUGCGCUGAAAAGCCUAAUACCCUCCGAGAGCAUGGUCAAAAUUAGUCAAACUACGACCAUGGGCUUCACAAUCGAUGCUGAAUGUGUUUUGGAUAAGAAAUGCUUACCCCUGCCCGUUGACAAAGAACACGAACAGGGAACGAGGAUUGCGCUGCUAGUGCACGACUAUCACGACAUGUGUCAGGGGCCGCACGUUUCGCUGAACGGAAUACAGGCACUGAACAUGCGAUUACUGGAGCAGGAAGGCUACACCGUACUGUCGAUACCGUACAACGAGUUCAGCACCAGUGAUAAGCUGCUGAAGCGCGUGGAGUAUUUGCAGAAAAAGUUCAAGUCAAUCGUUACCAGCAAACAGUAGUGGCGCGGCUCAUCCUCCUAGUGACCGACGCGACCACCCACGCCAGUGCGCGCUCGUCGUUAAUGUCGUUAAGAAUGAAAAGAAUAAAACAUUAUCCCAAAAACCUAG